CUGUCUCUUUGCAUCACCAUGCGGUCCCUAUCAGAACGGCCAUGGCGGUUCUGGCCGCCUGCGCGGGGCUGCGGCUGAACGGCACACAACCUGUGCCGAAUAAUGUGCUUCUGAGCCAGGAGUGCCACUGCCAGGGGCACUUUGACCAUGCGGUGGUCCCGGGCAUCUCACAUCCCGAUGCACGCUGCCUCCAGGAGGCACCAAGCUUUACCGAGAUGCUUGAUGCACAGGAGAGCUUGGUCAACUUCCAAGGAGGCCACGUGCGGCAAGCAGCUGUCGCGUUGAUGGCGCGAUGCCGCAAACGUCGAGGGCGGCUCUAUUGGACGCUGCAGCUCCGGGGGUUGGCCCAUGAGAUGCGAGUGCAGCAAGUGGAGAAGGCAUUGCUGCUGUGCGUGCCCACCUGGUGCAGAAGGGAGGCUACUAGUGCUUGGAUUGCGAGUCAAAAGCUGAGCUUCGUGGCCCACCACUGGCAGCUGCAGAGCUCCUGCGGAGGUCUAGCGCUGCCUCCGCGGCUUGGCCUUCCCGUCGAGACAGAUGAAGGUUUGCAGCACUAUGUCACGGCCUUGGGCGGUCGCCACUUGAGUUUGUCGAUUCUGCCCGGUGCUGCAGGUCCAGUGAUCUAUAGCAGCCUGCCCUUGCACGUGCCGAAGCCACAUUUCUUGGAGCAGCCGAGCCGAGGCGUCGGUGCGGCGGUGCUCUUCGCCGGAGCCUGGCGCUUCUCCGAACGCACGGCCUUGGCGAUUCGAAGGCACUUGCUGCAACCUUUGAAUGCCAAGGUCUUUGCCGUGAGUAGCGGCAAAGGUCGCCUAGAAGCAAGGAGGAAAUUGGGGCAGAUGUUCCCUUUGGCUGGCUUUUCAUGGGUGCGUGAUCUCACCCUGGAGGAGCUCAAGGGAGUGAUCCCGCCUGAGGCCUUGAGCCUUUACGAGGUCCUGGGCAGCGGGGCUUUGAGCCCCCUGAGAGGCAUCCCCGGCGGCUUCAACCUGCAUGCGCUACGGAAGCUCCAGUUGGUCUUCAAGCUCGUUCAAGGCUACGAGGAGCGGCGCGGCCGGCAGUUCAAGUGGCUGAUCCAUAGCCGGCUGGACUUGAUUUGGGCUGCGAACCACCCGCCACUGGCGCUCAUGGACAGGCGCAUUUGGACCUCGCCCCUCCUUGGCGCCGGUGACCCACAUCCCAACAGGUUUGCUUUGAAUGACUGGCAUGCAGUCGUGCCGCGGCAUAUGGCACCCGCCUUCUGGAAGCUUUGGCAACUUUUGCUCCAAGGGGCUCUGCCCUGGACUCCUCAUAUCGAGCCACCCGAACUCCUGGCCGGCGUGCUGCGUGUGUGGCUUCGCUGCAGCUGGCGGGUCUAUCGCCCAGGGCUAGGUUGGUUAGAAUCGACCCCCGCAAGACCAGGUGUUUUCCAUCCAAACGCAAUGACAUCUUAGCUUCUUGUUUCUAGCAGCUUCUUGUUACUACUAGUAAGGCACCUGUUACUACUAGCGUGGCACUUGUUACUACUAUGGGUGGCGGUUGUUGCCAGAGUUGGCUCUUUUUAGUGCUCUCCGUCAGGGAAUGACAUGAGCCUGGAGGUGCUCUCCCCAAGGUUUGGCCCGUCUCACCAGCCCAAAGUCACAGGCUUGCAUGCCCUGUCCAGUGCAUGGAGAGUCACGGAGGGGGUUGACAGAGGGUUGACAUUUGGCAUCGCCACGUGUUCUUCUUGAUGUUCAUUCAAAGCCCGGAUCCCAGAACCGCGUUUGGUUGAGCAGUACACCGGUUGUGACCCAAAUCUUAAGGAGUCAAAACAUGUGCAGUGGAUGCAGUAGAGACUUUCUAC